UAUUUAGAGGGUUUGAACGUGAACUUGGGCGAGGCGCUGCAAUUUCUUCGCGAAUACGAUCGCGAGGCGUCGGGCUUGUGCUACAGGGUCAUGACGGCGCAGUGGAACUUUGCCACCAACAUUACCGAUCACAACAAGAGGAAAAUGCUGGAGGAGCAGUCGGCCAAGGUGAAGUUUGAUCGCGCAUCCUGGCGAAAGACCGUUAGUUUCGCUUGGACGCGGAUAGCCGAUCCCUUGGCGAGGAAGCAGCUCAAGAUGAUCGCCGUCAAAGGUCGGCACGCGCUUACCGAUGACAAGUUCAACGAGAUGCACCACCUGAUUAUGGAAAUGAAAGAGUUGUACAAUAGAGUGAGGUUGUGCCCGUACCGAAAAAUCGGAGCCCCCUGCGAGUUGAGUUACGACGCAGAUGUCGCCGCGAUUAUGUCCCAAUCGAAGGACUACGACGAGCUGUUGCAUUACUGGCAGGCGUGGCACGAGGCCUUGGGUCCGCCCUUGAAGAACAAGUACAUCCGAUACGUCCAGUUGGCGAAUCAGGCUGCCAAACUCAGCGGAUUUGCCGACGCGGGUGACCAGAUGCGGGAGAUUUACGAGGACGACUACUUCCAGCAAAACAUCGCCGAGGCGGUGUCGGCCGUGACGCCGCUCUACAAGCAUCUCUUCACUUACGUGAGGAGCCGGCUGAUCGAGAGGUACGGCGACAAGAUACGGCCCGACGGGCCCCUACCCGCCCACGUGCUCGGCAACAUGUGGGCCCAGAACUGGGAGGGGAUUUUCCAGAUCGCCCAGCCCUUUCCGACCGUCAAGAAGCUCGACGUCACCCUCGACUUGAUGCUCCAAGGUUUCACGUCUCUCAGAGUCUUUCAAAUGGCGGAGGAGUUCUUCACCUCAAUGGGAAUGAAACCGAUGCCCCCGGAAUUCUGGAAAUACUCGAUGUUCGAGCAACCGAUCGACAGAGAAGUCAAGUGCAGCGCAAGCGCCUGGGACUUUUGCAACCGGGCCGAUUACAGGAUCAAGCAGUGCACGAAAAUAAACACCGAGGACUUUAUAUCGACGCACCACGAAAUGGCCCACGUGCAGUAUUACUUGCAAUACAAAGAUCAGCCGUACCUGUUUCGAGGCGAGGCGAUGCCAGGGUUUCACGAAGGCGUGAGCAACGCGAUCGGCCUGUCUGUUUUUACGCCGCAGCACUUGCACAGGGUUGGCCUUUACAACAACUCCACGGACGAUUACGAGGGCAACAUUAAUUUUCUGAUGCUCAUGGCUUUGCAAAAAGUCGCCUAUCUGCCGUUUGCCUACAUAGUCGACCAGUGGAGGUGGCGCGUGUUCAGCGACGGCGUCGCCGACAUGACCACCAGGUGGUGGGAGCUGCGACUGCAGUACCAAGGCAUACUACCGCCAGUCCCGCGUACCGAGAGGGACUUUGACCCGGCCUCCAAGUACCACGUACCCGCGGAUCUACCCUAUUCCAACUACUUCGUCGCAGUGGUACUUCAGUUCCAGCUUUUCGAGUCGCUCUGCGACAUCUCCGGGCACACGGGGGACCUGCACACCUGCGACUUGUACCGAUCGCGAGAAGCCGGUCGAUUAUUAUCGGACGUGCUGUCGGUGGGUUCUUCCAUGUCGUGGUCCGACGUGAUAAGGCAGAUGACGAGGGGUCGGACCAACAGGCUGGACGCGGGUGCCCUGCUGAGGUACUUCAAGCCGCUGAUCCAGUUCCUCAAGCGGCACAACCGGCUGGAGCCCGUGAUCGGCUGGGUCACGAGUCAAGAGGACGCGGGCAUGUCUACGUCGUUUGCAGCGCUGUUCUCCCACUGGUACCUCGGCGGCGCGAGUUCACCGUCGAUCGCGGCGCUUCUGGUGCCCUGCCUGGUGGUCGCUCUGUUCUUCCAUCGGACGCAACAGCGAUGA